UAAACCCAAAAUGUCAACGCCGGGAAAAGUCCACCUUUCCAAGCCUCCGAUCGACAUCCUCGACGAGCAAUUCGCCCAGUACCUGCAACUGGCCCAGCAGCUGCUAUCCAUGCUGCGGUCCCCCCAGGAUCGUCAGAUCGCGUCCAAGUACAUCCGACGAUGCUGUCCGAAAAGUGGCGUCACACGCUUCGUCCACUACAAGCGCAACCGGAACGAGUUUUUCCGGUACUUCCUGAAGGUGCUCCAAAGCGCGGUGGAAACGCAGGGCCACGUCGUGCAGGUCGACGAUGAAGUUCCGGUCGGAGCGGACGGAGAGCGGACCAAGGAAUCGUGCAACUGGUCCGACGACCGGCGGACGUACGUCGCAACCAAGGUGAUCCCGAAUUAUGCGACGUUGGUGUACAUGGCCGUUUGCGAUGAUCCGGAGUUGGGCUGGGAUAAUGGUGGGUUUGGGGCGUACGAGUUUUGAGAGCCGCU